GACAAGUUUGCUCCCAGGACGCUUGACAUGCCGCCAUUUUCGUCCAAGCUUCGAUCGUUUUUCACACGCUCCAGUCACUACCAAGGGCAGGUUGACGCGUCGAAUCGCAAAUCCGGUUUCGGCAAGCAAUCCCAAACGAACGGUUUACUCUACGAGGGUCAAUGGCGGUGCGGUUUGAGACACGGAUACGGAAUAUUAUAUCGGAAGCUGAAGGACACGGAGCUGUAUGUUAAGGUUUAUGCUGGCGGAUGGGAGAACGGGAAAAAACACGGCCUCGGAGUGAAGUACUAUUCGCACGGAAAGUAUCUUGGCUAUUGGGAGCGCGACCAACGAAGCGGCCACGGAUUUAUAUGGUUUGACAAUGGAGAUUUCUACAUGGGCGAAUGGUUGGAUGAUUGUUUCGACGGUUUGGGAGUGUUCCUUGAACUUGGAGGGAAUCGAUAUCACGGUCAAUUUAGGAAAGGCUUGAAGCACGGAGAAGGACUUUAUCUCCACUCGAGAACGGGUCAGAUUCAAAGAGGCUUCUGGACUGAAGGUGUUUUCAAGAUGGGCGAAAUUGAAGACUGGAACAGGAAUCAAGUAAUUGAACCUACCAUUUAUCCCAUCCCAGAGAUCAAACUUGCAAAUUUUCCUGAAGUUUAUGGAAGUUGGAUGGAAGAAUACUCUAAAUCUUUCUCUGUGUGAUACUCAGGGCCUCCGGAAAGCCUUCCAAUAUUUAUGAAUAUAUUUUCUCAUAGCGGAGACGACAUCGCAAAGCAUAAAACCAAUUCAGAAGGUUUUCCGGGCACGUUUUUCCCCAAA